AUGGAGCCGCCUCCCUCAGGAUCCCAACCUCUACAGAAAGCGGUUCCGAGACUAGCUACAGUGGGGUGGCGAACUAUGUUGAUCUUCAAUCUCGGUCUCGCAGCUUUUAUAUUUGCGAAAAAACGAGAAAGAGACAUUGAUGCGGGCGAGAAAAUGUUAGUUAAAAAGGGCACCGAAGCCAGAAGUAAAGGUGCGAAAAAGAGUGUUGUUAACAUUGAGGUCGAGAAGAAAGUUGCAGAAACUGAUAAGGCUAAGAAUCCAGAAACCGCAGUACCUGAGAAAGAAGAAGCCAAACCGAUCCCUAAACCAGAUCCUCUGUUUGAGUUUACGGAUGCAGCAUCAGCUGAUGAGUUGGUGUUUCAGGGUGGUGUGGCGACUGAGCCUGUAAAGGUAGCAAGGAAACCGAUUCCAGAAGAUGAGCAAAGGGAGCUUUUCAAGUGGAUCUUGGAAGAGAAAAGGAAGAAGGAACCAAAAGACAGGAAAGAGAAGAAACAAAUCGAUGAAGAGAAAGCUGUCUUGAAACAGUUCAUUCGCGCAGAGAGGGUUCCAAAACUUCUCCCUGAUGAUUCUGUUGAUUCAUCGCUUCGUGAUUGGGACAAAUUCUUCUCCUCAAAGUAG